AUGCCAAUUAAAAAUUCGAAUUUCUACGCGAACAAAAAAUAUUCCGUCCGCAGGAGGUGUACAUUCUCUGGAACUAAUAUUUUGCGGCUUGCGUUUCUACGUACAGGCGUACCGGAAUGCAAGUUGAGCCAGAAGGGAGGGGAGUACGUGGGUGUGAAGGACAGGACCAUUUCAGGCUUCGCUUGCGUACCCUGGCUAGAUCCGGAAGGAAAUGAGGGGGACAUUGUGAAAGGGGUCCGUGAAGGGUCGUUCCCAGAUGAAAUCACAGACAGCCACAAUUUCUGUCGCAACCCGAACGGGAACCCAGGUGGUCCUUGGUGCAACGUCAAUGAUUCCCGAAAGCCGAACCUGAAGUGGGAGUACUGUGAUGUCCCUUUCUGCGAUUUUGGCGAUUGGGCGAAAUCUGAAUCUGAAAGCGAAUCUGGAGACCAAUAUGUGUCAAUCGAAGAUGUGAUGCAACCCAAAUACGACGAAUGCCGGUUUACGAAGAUGGGGAAGGAAUACACAGGCGAAGAGUUCAAGACGGAAACAGGGAAGGAAUGUAUUUCCUGGGCAGAUGUGGUGCACAAAGGCUUUCCGUUAACAAAUUUCAUAUUCUCUCACCUAUCAUUCCAAGAUCGCCAGCUCCCAAGACCGCCUAAGAUCGAGGAUUUCUUGUAUAAUUGGAUUGGAUUAACUUCAGCUUCAAGGAAUACAUCCAGCUCCAAUGUCUGCCGUAAUUACGGCUCGAAGGAGCGGCCCUGGUGCUUCGUCUCUUUUGAAAAUCCCUCCUGGGAGUAUUGUGACAUCCCGUUCUGCCGUGGAGCGAAAGAGCCAGCGGAAUGCAAACAAACGGAUGAUGGACGAGAGUACAUAGGAAGGAAGAACGUGACACAGUCGGGGAAAAAGUGCCAACCUUGGCUGAGCCAAACGCCAAAUGAACAUUCGACAGUAUUGUACCUGCCGGCAUUUCCCGAUCCUGACAUGGACAGCUAUCACAACUACUGUCGCAAUCCGGAUUUAAAGAAGUUGGGUCCCUGGUGUUACAACGGGGAGGGCACAGAUCCUGAAUGGGAAUAUUGCGACAUUCAGCAUUGUUAG